AUGUCGUAUUUUUUGAGACGAACCAAAUCUGGACGAUAUGCUCCUAAUCAAGAACAUUAUCCGAGUCGAUUACCUUCUACUCACAGAGAAGAUUCUUUUUCAGAGUUGUCUGUUCCAGAUUCGCCACCUCCACCUUAUCCAGGUAUUGUAAGAAUAUCAGAUUCGUUUACAACAGCUCCAGAAGGCCGUGUUAAACUC